AUGUUCAUUAUGUUCUUCAUAAUCAUUCCACAGCUCUAUAUUUUCUUCCUGCGCAGGCCCUCGGUCUACGGAGCGCCCGCCCACUCAACGCCCAUCUUCGACUUCACGCCGCCCCACCCUGCCCACCUGCUGGCCUCAGGGGCGUCGCUCUCCCUGACUCAGUCCGCCCGCGCCAGCCGCUCCUCGGGCCCGAAGCGCGUCGGAGGGACGAGGGACUCCUGGUCCGAGUCGGCUGAGCUCUCUGCCGCCGCCUCCUGCAGGACCUCGAGGGCGUCUUCCGCGAGUGGCGAAGGCGGGGCGUCCGGGGCGUCGAAGGACCACUCCAGCCUCUUUAAGACUCCGAGGAGCGAUGGGCGCGCGCGGGCAUCGAGGGAUCAGUACCCCGGACAUGGGCGUAAAAGGACCCCCUCGUGGGCGGGCUCGAAGGACGCCUCCAGCGGGCGCUUCAGGACGCCCUCCACUGGGCGGACGACGACGCUCAACUCGGCGCGCUCCUCCUGCACGCCCGGAUCCGCCCGCGCCCGCCCCGUCGCGCCCUCGACCAUCGUCGCGGUGGCAGAAGGCCGAGGGCAAGCCCGAGGGGAGGUGGGCGUGGCGGCGAUAGACCUGCGACGCCCACACCUGUCCCUGGCUCAGUUCUCGGACACACACACCUACACGAGGACUCUCACGAAGCUGACCGUGCUGGAUCCCCUGGAGGUCGUGAUAGCGAGCACGGCGGUGGACGGGGCUGCAGGCGUGGGCGGGGGAAGCGGGCUGGUGCGAGUCCUGCAGGAGAGCUUGGCGGAGGUGUCCAUCACGGCCGUCCAGCGUCGCUACUUCAAGGACACCCGCGGCCUCGCCAUCGUCAAACACCUCGCGGCGCCCCACUGCGCCUACGUCGAGAGGCACUUGGCGACGAAGUACUACUGUCUCGCCUCCGUGGCCGCCCUCAUGAAGUACAUAGAAUGCAUCCAGCACGUGACGUAUGCUCCCCAUACCCUCCACGUUGAGCUUUCCACCUCCGAAAACACCAUGAGCAUCGAGCACUCUACUUGUCGCAAGCUGGAGUUGGUGCGGAGUCUCCGCGGCAGCUGGGAGGACUCGCUCUUCGGCGCCCUGCGGCACACGCGGACUCCGGGGGGCACGCGCCUGCUGCGCGCCUCCCUGCUGCAGCCCCACGCAGACGUCUCAACCAUCAACGCGCGUCUGAAUGCUCUUCAGUAUCUGGUUGAUAACCCCGACCUCUUCUACACGCUGCAGGUAACAUUCAGAGUUGUGUUAUGCAUCCUUUCGUGUGAUUUGGAGAUUAUUGUAUCUAGCAUUUUAGGGAGGUUUCCAGACAUCGAUUGGCUUUUAUCAAUGUGCGCUCAACUUCAUAAGGAGGACACGGAGCAGCGUUGUGAGCUUCGUCUGAACUACGUGAUCUCUCUGAAGAACACCCUUGAGCUCCUGGAUCCCCUGGCCACCACCCUCGCCGGUGCCAGCGACCCGCUCCUCGACUCCGUCAGGCAGGUAAUCGCCUCGCCGAAGUCUAGCGUGUCGAGGCCUGACCUGCAGGAGCUCCUGGAGACGCUUCGGGGCGUGAUGCACGAGGACGCCCGCCUGGUCAAGGGCGCCGCCGCCAUGAGGGCUCAGCGCUGCUACGCCAUCAAGAGCCACGUCAACGGCCUGCUGGACGUCGCGCGCAAGAUCUACUCGGAGAUCAUCGACGACAUCACGGUUCAUAAUUUUAGUUCAAACUUACCCCACACCUCUGCUGUCCUCGAGGGGAUCCUUCUCCUUCCUCGCAUCCCUGUCCUGAGCCUCCCAUGCUGGUAUCCCCACGUAGAGGAGCUCGCCAAAGAUCACAGCGUGGGCAUGAGGGUGGGCCACAACGCCGCCCGCGGGUUUCAUAUCGCCAUCCCGAUACCGAAGAGGAAGUCAGCGCCUCACCUUCCUCCCGUGUUUAUCAAGUCAGCCAAAAACAUGAAUAAGAAGAGAGCUGAAUCGUCGCCUUCCCCCAGGUACAGCGAGGGCGAGGAAGCAUCACCUGCACGACAGAACACCUAUAUCUCUGCUAUGGGUCUUGCAAAGCGGAUCGUGUCAGAGAUGCUGAUAGAGGCGCGCGGGCGUAUGGGCGCGCUGCAUGGACUUGGGGAAGCCAUAGCCACUUUGGAUCUGGUGGUAUCUCUCGCCCACUCGGCCGCCCUCGGGUCCUGGGUCAGACCCGAGUUCUCCCGCGCCCUUGCCAUUCGCUGUGGCAGGCACCCGAUCCUAGACGUGCUCGCGCCCACGCCGCCCGUCCCAAACAACACGUUCCUAAGCCCUGAGAGCCGGGUAAUGGUGGUGACAGGACCGAAUAUGAGUGGCAAGAGCACCUACCUGCGGCAGAUCGCGCUCAUUCAAGUGCUGGCUCAGACUGGCAGUUUUGUGCCAGCAGAAUUCGCGUCCCUCCGCGUAGUGCGUCAUCUGUUCACGCAUUUAGGGUCCGAGGAUUCUCCAGAAAACAAUGCGUCCACCUUCCAAGUACAGAUGAGUGACGUGGCGCACAUGGUGGACGGGGCGGGGAGCGAUUCCCUCGUGCUGCUGGACGAACUCGGGUCAGGCACGAGCGUCGAGGAAGGAGGAUCCCUCGCCUGGGCCGUCAUGGAGACCCUCGUGCACGCCCGCGCCACCACCGUGCUCGCAACUCACGCCCUCUUCCUGACCAAGCUCCCGUACCUCUACCCGACGGUCGUGAACUAUCACCUGGAGAGCGAGGACGAAGGGGGCGGCCUGCUGCGCCUCAGCCACGUCGUCCGCCGGGGGGUCACUCAGGCCACCCGCUACGGCCUCGCCCUCGCCGCAGUCACGGCCAUGCCUCCUUCGGUGCUACAGCGGUCCCGACACCUCGCGAACGUCAUGGCGCCGCCGACGCAGGUCGCGGUGGAGGAGGACGCGGAGAGCCUACGAUACCGCGCCGUGUACCGCCUCGCACACCGCCUUCUCGCCCUGGCCAACGCCGCCCUGCCAGCAUCGAGUCCUCCCGGCGACUCACUGGCUAACUGCGCAGCUCUGACCCCGUGCGCAGCCACGUCGACGGCCCUUCAGCCCACCGGCAGGGACGAAACAGCGUCGGAAGCUUCCCUGCGAGUGGGCGCUCACGAUCUCACGGCUCUCAGCGAUUCCCGUGCGACGGAGCUGAGGACCAAGCUACAGUGCCUGCUGCAGGACUUCAUGGCGCAGGUGUCCGGCGGCACUCAGGACGCGCCUCAGCUGUCUGAAGAUGACGGUGACGGAAUUCAAGGGUUAGAUUAAGAAAUAAUUUAGAAAACUGCAUUCGAAAUGUAAACUAGAUGUUGAUUUUGGCCGUUGUUUGCCUGGGGAUUUAGUAUGAGAGCGGAGGAAAUACUACAGAAGAACCAAAAGGUCGGAAAAGAUUUACAAAUGUCAGCUGGGUGUCAGGUGUUGGAGGAAGUAGUAGCUAAGAAUGUAUAAUGUCUCCGGCCUAAAUGUUUUCUUCUUCUAUUGUGUUUUUGUUUUGACAUUUCAUAUUCUCGACAGUUUAAGAAAGGAAUGUGUUUCUGAAUAUGUCUCCUAAUGAAAAAGAACUUAGACAUU